CCAUCUAGAUGUCAAUAACUGUGUGCUUAGAGUUCGUGAAGGCUCACAUGGAAAAUGCAUUCCGCUCAGGUCAUUGGCCAUCAGACGCUCAAUACUGAGAAGAUAGAAAGGGAACUCUUUUAAACCUGUUUGAUAAGGAACAUGCAUCUGUGGUCAAUAUAACCACAUCAACCUGUUUCAUCCGUGGAUAUUGGUUGGAGAGGAGAAGGAGACGAGGGACAUACAUUGUUCUUAUGGAGUUUUGUCUGAGUAAAUAUAGGGUAUAGUCCACUUGAAGAGUUUGGAACCCUGUUUUAAAAUUACUCAAAUGUCAAGGGAGUGGAGGAACGAUGGCUCUCUACCUUCAUUACCUGCUGCAGUAGAGGGGUUGAUGAGAGGCAGUUGGAAUAUGAGGAUGGACCCCAGGGAUACCUACCCUACUACCAGGGACUGUCUCCGGAAAGAAUGUCCUUGGUGGAUGAGAUGGAAGAGGAGUGCUAGUAUACUGAGGAGGUUUUUGCCUGAUGUAUGGAAGCCUCUAGUGCCAUUACUCAGCUAUGGUGCCACCUUAUUGGUCAUGGUGUUGUAUGCCCUGGCAGAUCGGCUCCGCAGCUUUGUUGCUGAUAUCUUCAUUCCCCAGUACCACUACCAGUUUUCUGUACCAAUCACAUUUGUCCAGGUGCUGGUGACUCUGCUAUACUUGCUGCUCCUCCAUGCCAUGGGCCUGGCACCACUGAAGCCCUACUCUUUGUCUCUGGGUGAACGCCUGCUGGUGCCUUCUGUCUGUGGCAGUGCCCAAACUGUGCUGGGUGUGUGGGCAGAGGCCAGUGCCCACUCCGGCAUGUACGCCCUCACCAUGCGCCUGCUGCCCCUGCUCUGUGUGGGCUGGAGUCACGGCCUGCGGCUGGCAGUACCGCCAUCAGUCCACCUAACAGGCCUUAUCACGGUCAUCACUUUUACCUCCGUCACUAUCACAGCGUCUCAAGGUCUCCCGUCAGUGGAGGUUCUGGAGUGUCUCUACGCCCCGCUGGCCCUCCUUCUACACAGCCUUUCUCUGACCUGGCUGGCCAAGGUGGCUGAGACCGAGCACCGGCACCACAGCAGCUCCCACAUCUCACCUUUUGACCUGUACUUCACCCUGAUGGUGAACCAGAGCCUGGUGCUUGGCUUCCUGUGCCUGCUGCACCCAGAGGGCCCCCGGGCACUGGGCGAGGGUAGCUGGCACAGCCUGCUCUUCAUGGGCUACCUGCUGGCGAUACUGCUGCUGGGAGCUCUACAGCACCUCUUGGUGGACAUGGCCGCUCUGACCUUCUCACCGCUGGCUGCAGCGCUACUCCACACGGCACACGGAUUAACAAGACCGUUGUACAGCCUGUUGUAGAUGAUCCAACAUGGAGGAGGAUGAAGUUGACUCUAGAGACUAGUCAGAAGUCAGUUGCCUCCCUCAAAUCAAAUUGCAUUUGUCACAUACACAUGGUUAGCAGAUGUUAAUGCGAGUGUAGCAAAAUGCUUGUGCUUCUGGUUCCGACAGCGCAGUAAUAUCUAACAAUUCCCCAACAUCUACCUAAUACACACAAAUCUAAAAAGGGUUGAAUGAGAAUAUGUACAUAUGGAUGAGCGAUGGCCGAGCGGCAUAGGCAAGGUGCAAUAGAUGGUAUAAAAUACAGUAUAUUAACGUGACUAGUGAUCCAUUUGUAAAAGCGGCCAGUGAUUGGGUCUCCAUGUAGGCAGCAGCCUCUCGGAGUUAGUAAUUGCUGUUAAGCAGUCUGAUGGCCUUGAGAUAGAAGCUGUUUUUCAGUCUCUCAGUCCCAGCUUUGAUGCACCUGUACUGACCUCGCCUUCUGGAUGGUAGUGGUGUAAACAGACAGUGGCUCGGGUGGUUAUUGUCCUUGAUCUUUUUUGCCUUCCUGUGACAUCGGGUGCUAUAGUUGUCAUGGAGGGCAGGUAGUUUGCCCCCGGAGAUGCGUUGUGCAGACCACACCACCCUCUGUAGAGCCUUGCAGUUGAGGGUGGAGCAGUUGCUGUACCAGGCGGUGAUACAGCCUGACAGGAUGCUCUCAAUUGUGGAUCUGUAAAAGUUAAUGGUUAAAGGGAGGAUAUGGUAAGGAUAAUCUUUUCCUAGAUCUGUCUAUAUCAAAUCAAAUCAAAUCAAAUUUUAUUUGUCACAUACACAUGGUUAGCAGAUGUUAAUGCGAGUGUAGCGAAAUGCUUGUGCUUCUAGUUCCGACAAUGCAGUAAUAACAAGUUAUCUAACUAACAAUUCCAAAACUACUGUCUUGUACACAGUGUAAGGGGAUAAAGAAUAUGUACAUAAGGAUAUAUGAAUGAGUGAUGGUACAGAGCAGCAUAGGCAAGAUAUAUGGUCAACUUCUACCAGUAGAAGGAUAGUUGUACUACAGAGCAGUAUUAUUCACUCUCUGUAGUACAAAGUCACCUCCCUAGGUGCAGCACUUUAAUUACCAGCGCUUGUGUUCCUUCUUAUCCUGUAUAUCAUACUUACUACUGAACCUAUAUAAAAUGGUUUGAAAAGGCACUCAAUAUGUAGGGAGACUGGAUAAAAUCUUUGCACUGGAUUAUCAACCAUACAGAAAUGCUCAGAAUGUGACUGGGAAUAUGUCAUAAGGCUGCUAGUUCAGAGUGGUGUAAUUAAUAAACGAAAUGAUAAGCAUUACAGUUCAAGUGUAAAGAUACUGUCUACCUCAAGGUUUUUCAAAUCCCCAAAUGCAACAAUAAAAGUUAACAGUA